AUGGCCUCCUUGCUGACUGGACUCUGGCAGCUAGUUAUUUCUGUGGUUGUCCUGUCUCAGCUCUCAGCAACGCUUCCUGCUCUGGAGAGGGCUCGGAGACAUGCCGAUGGGGUAUUUAACAGUGAACUCAGCAAGAUGAAUGAAAAUGCCUAUGUGCAGAAGUUAGUCAAAUCUCUCGUGGGCCUCAAUCAAAGGUACCAGAGGCACUCUGAUGGCAUGUUCACCAGCGAACUCAGCAAGAUGAGAGGAAACGCUCAGGUUCAGAAACUAAUCAAGUCUCUGGUGGGCUACAAGCGCAGUGUUCCCGAAUCAUCUGAACUGGAGGGGCAGGUGGAAAACUCUGGCUUUAUUGAUCAUGCUGAAAAUGACUUGGGCUCGAAAGAGAAGCUCACUAAACUAAAGGCUUUCCUACACCACGUACAGAAUCUCAGAGGAAGUGAUGAGGUGGACGGCUCUGAAGGAUUAAUCCAUACAGAUAUACCAAGGACACAUGAGACCGGCAGCUCUUACGAUGACUUUUGCUUCAUGUGGUUAUACCAGAGCUUUCUGAAUGAUAGAGGCUCCUGCGCACUGUGA